AACCACUCUUCACCCUCUGUAAACUCAUAAAAGAACAUUUUCAUAUUUUAAUGCAGUGAUAUUCCUGUAGAGGAAGAAGAAAUGUCUCCGAAACUUGCCCUUUUGUUGGUUACUUUGUCACUUCAUCACUAUGCUCAUAUCACCACAGCUUCUGACCCAGAUCCCAUUCAAGAUUUCUGCAUACCAAACCCUGAAUUUGGUGUAACAAAAUUAGCUCAUCUCACUAUUCUCCCAUGCAAAAAUUCCUCUGAAGCGACCACGGAUGACUUCGUAUUUUCUGGCUUAAAGUCGGCUGGAAACUUCUCUGAAUCUGGCCUUGCAACCAUUCCUGUCAACCCAAUAGUUUUUCCAGGGCUCAACACACUAGGCAUGUCAUUUGUGCGAGCUGAUCUUAAAGCUGGUGCUGUGAAUCCCCCACAUUUUCAUCCGAGAGCUACUGAAAUCUCGUAUGUGGUGCAAGGAAGUGUUUAUUCAGGCUUUGUUGAUUCCAGCAAUCGAGUUUUUGCAAGAGUGAUUGAGCAAGGAGAGGUCAUGGUGUUCCCUCGAGGUCUAGUGCACUUCCAGAUGAACGUUGGUGACAAGCCUGCAACAGUAUUUGGAAGUUUUAAUGGCCAAAAUCCGGGAAGUCAGAAAAUCCCAUCUGCCAUUUUUGGGUCUGGGAUCCAAGCAGAGCUACUGGAGAAGGCUUUUGGCUUGACUCCGAAGCAGAUCGGAACAAUGAAGAGAAAAUUUGAUCCAAAACGGUGAGAUGAAGAGGA